GGAACGGCGCGGAACGGCACGACAGCCAGCAUGCAGAGCGGGCGGCAGGUGGCCAACUUCGGGGCCGGGCCGGCGAAGCUGCCGCGCUCCGUGUUACUAGAAGCGCAGAAAGAAUUGGUGGACUACAAAGGACUCGGUAUUAGUGUUCUUGAAAUGAGCCAUCGUACCUCAGAUUUCACAAAAAUUAUAAAUACAGCUGAAAAUCUCUUGCGUGAAUUGCUAAAUAUACCUGAAAACUACAAAGUUAUUUUUCUCCAAGGAGGUGGUUCUGGUCAGUUCAGUGCAGUUCCMCUUAAUCUACUUGGUCUAAAGGAGGGAAGACAUGCAGACUAUGUGGUUACUGGAGCUUGGUCAGCAAAAGCAGCUAAAGAAGCGGAGAAGUAUGCCAAAGUGAAUAUUGUCCAUCCUAAACUGGCAGCCUACACAAAAAUACCUGACCCAAGCAGUUGGAAUCUUAAUCCAGAUGCAUCUUAUGUCUAUUACUGUGCUAAUGAAACUGUUCAUGGGGUAGAAUUUGACUUUGUACCUGAUGUCAAAGGAGCAGUUUUGGUUUGUGAUAUGUCAUCAAACUUCCUGUCCAAACCUGUGGAUGUUUCCAAGUUUGGUGUGAUUUUUGCUGGUGCUCAAAAGAAUGUUGGUUGUGCUGGGGUUACUGUUGUAAUCGUCCGCGAGGACUUGCUGGGAUUUGCACUGAAAGAAUGCCCUGUAGUACUGGAUUACAAAACACAAGCAACAAAUGGCUCUUUAUAUAACACUCCACCUUGCUACAGCAUCUAUAUCAUGGGAUUGGUGCUAGAGUGGAUAAAGAACAACGGCGGGGCUGCAGCUAUGGAUAAACUUAGCUCAGUCAAAUCCCGAAUGAUUUAUGACAUUAUAGACAAGUCUAAUGGAUUCUAUGUAUGCCCAGUGGAGAAGAAGAACCGAAGCAGAAUGAACGUCCCCUUCCGCAUUGGCAGUGUCAAGGGGGAUGAAGCCCUGGAAAAGAAAUUCCUUGAGAAAGCUGUGGAGCUUAACAUGAUAUCUCUGAAAGGACAUCGAUCCGUGGGAGGAAUCCGUGCCUCUCUGUAUAACGCAGUGACUGUAGAAGAUGUUCAGAAGCUGGCAACGUUCAUGAGAAGCUUCAUGCAGACGCAUCAAUCGUAAAUGCUCAUGGGUUGGAAACCCACUGCACAUCUGUGAAACAGGAGCUAAGGGGUUUGAAAAUCACUGUGGUACUGCACAGCUGUAGCGCACAAGUUUUAUUGUCUUCUAGUCCUUGCAGGGAUCUUUUAGUUAACUACAUGGGGUUGAGGGCCCAGCCUUGCAAUGAUCUGGACGACCUUGACUUCUGUCUGAAGAUGAGGUUCCCCAGACCAAUCAAGACUGGUUCCAAAGUCUCUAAAGCAAACCACUUAAUUUGUAGUUAGACUGUGAGCGGCACUGAAAGAUGCUAUGAAUCUGAUUCUGACCUUAGACGUGCUGCUUUUGAAAUUCAUAGAGUCACUCUUUGUCCAUAUAGGUACAACUUAAAUAAGAAUCUAUCCUACCMUUUGAAUAAUCUUUUACCACUUUUAUUUCUUGUUUCUACRCAAUGACUUUAAAAAUAUUGUGUUCUUAAUAAAUUCYAGAGGGCAAAACUUGUUAUAAGCCCUCCACAGAGUUUUCUAAACACUAGGUAACUGCACAAUGAGUGUAAAGCUGGGGUUAGGUUUUCUCCARGGAUAAUYAGUUGUUUUGUCAGAUGUAUUCCAYUUGUACAUCCUGCAUCAUGAGGUGUUCCCAGAGGAGUUGAUAUUUACAUUCCUGCCUUCAGGCCUUUGCAUUGGGGUGUGUAUUCCCAUGCAUGAAAUGGCAUUGUGACCUAGCCCAAUGCAGUAGUGCCUGUUAUUACAUUACUGUAGUUAAUGCCUGUAGGAUUGGCCCCUCUCUAUUUUCUUUUAGUGUAACCAAGUUUAAAACUAAAAUGCAUGAGUUUAGAGUGAAAUCCAUUUAUAAGAUGUGAAUUUCUCUAUGCUUUUUAUAUUUUAAACUUCUUUAGGAUAUUAAUUUUAUGUUUUUAUUUGGGGAUCUGGAUAUUUCAUACUCCUAUCAAAAGCCUCUUAUUUUAGUUUGUUAACUUUGCAUCAAACUGGAUUAUAUUCUAUUCAAGGGUCUUACGACUUUCUCUGUGCUGACCUCCUAGUCCAAUGUGCCACACGUUUUAUUAUCUGUUGCUCCUUAAAUGUCUUUCCUCUCUUAWAAUUGUUCCAUUCUUUUCUUUGACUUUUCACUGAUUCCUUUUUGUCACCUUUGUAUGUGGGACUCUGCCUAACUCCAGCCAGUGCAAAUCUUGGCUUCUCUAAAUUUUCCUCACACUAGUUCACAUGUUGGUUCCAGCUUUCUCACUUUAUUCUCAUAUAACUUCAGUUCCUUCCUUAUGCCAUAAUAUCACAGAUAUUCAGAAGAUUUUAUAUUGUAAUACUCUUCUUAUCUGUCCUCUCUCAGCCUGUGAAUUUUACUACCGAUGACAAUAUUUUGACAUCAUUCUGCUAUUUGAACUUACAUAAUGUUGGACAUUACUGCAACUGGUUUGAGACUUUAAGCUCUUUGGGAAGAAAGGCCUGCUCCUUUCUUUACUUUUUAUGUAAUACUAGAAGAGCAGUGAAGAUUUAAUGAUAUUAGUAAUGGACUCUUCCUUUCCUYGUGGAACCUCUCAGCA